AUGGUCAAUGCAAUUCCACACAAACUUCUUAAAAGAUCUAGCUAUUAUUCAUGUCCACCAACCGGUUUAUCGACCCCACCAGCCUUACUCCAUGCAUCAUUUGCAAGCGUAUCUAAAAACAAGUAUAAAGCUACUGUUAGCGGAACAUUCACGGAUAAAGUUACCAAAAAAACCAAACUUGUGAUUGCAUUUGUUGGUGAUUCGGGUCGAACUCCCAUAGCACACCCCAAUAUUUUUGCUGCUUGUACUGGAAGUGGAUGUCCAAUUAAACCUGGUGUAAAAUAUAAUCAAACGGUGGAAUUUCAAGUACCAGACAAAUUAUCUAAACAGUUCGAUAUGGUAUUAAGUGUUGCAAAUUCAGAAAGUAAUAUUCUAGGCUGUAUAGAGUUUAACGUUGGUCCUGAAUGA